CCCGUGCACCCCGUGCCCCCGCCCCACGCCCUGGCCGCGCACCCGCUGCCGUCCUCCCACUCCCCGCACCCGCUCUUCGCCUCGCAGCAACGGGACCCUUCCACCUUCUACCCCUGGCUCAUCCACAGGUACCGGUAUCUGGGCCACAGGUUCCAAGGGAACGAGACGAGCCCGGAGAGCUUCCUCUUGCACAACGCCCUGGCCAGGAAGCCCAAGCGCAUUCGCACCGCCUUCUCCCCGUCCCAGCUCCUGCGGCUGGAACAUGCCUUCGAGAAGAACCAUUAUGUCGUGGGAGCGGAGAGGAAGCAGCUGGCGCACAGCCUCAGCCUCACGGAAACUCAGGUAAAAGUAUGGUUUCAGAACAGAAGGACAAAGUUCAAGCGACAAAAGUUGGAAGAGGAAGGUUCAGACUCACAACAGAAGAAAAAAGGGACUCAUCACAUUAACCGGUGGAGAAUUGCCACCAAACAAGCCAGCCCAGAAGAAAUAGACGUCACUUCAGACGACUAAGAACUGGCACUGGGACUUUUCCGACGAGCAAACAAAACAAAAAUCAAAGUGUUGCAGGAUCACACACCCGGAGAGCGGCGGUGCAGGGGAGAGGCAGAGGCUUCAUCAAAAUGCAGUUCUCGUCUAGGAGGCAGCUGAGAGAGAGAGACACGGAGCGAGAGGUCCAAAAUGUGGCAUUGCUGGCACAGCUCUGGCAAAGGGGGAUCUGUCAAUCAAAACCUAUCCACCGAGACACGAUGAUUGACAGGUAUUCCGUUUCUCGCAGUCCACUUUUAAAAUCCAAUAACGACAAAAAAAAUUAAAAGAAAAAAACCCCAAUAUAUAUAGAUAUAUAUACACAACCCUUCCCCCCCCCCCCACAGGACAUUUUUUGCACUUCACAGUUUUUUUUCCCCAGCCUUUACAAAGCAAAUGCCGUGCACAGUCCAAAUCCACACCUGUUUCAGAAACUUGAAUUGCAUGUGUUUAAAAAAGAAAGAAAGAAAGAAAGAAAGAAAAAGCCGUUUGGGGUUUUUUUUAAACGGUUCCUAAAGACAGAAAUGAAUUGUAAUUUUUUUUUCCUUUUAAGACAGGUUCUGUGUGCUUUUUAAUUUUAUUUUACGAGAAAUGUGCAGUCUGUAAACAUUUUAUGAUAACUUCUGGCGUCAAAGUGAUUGUGAAAGCUAAAUGAAGUAGCAGUAACUAAACAUAGUGUUCCUUCCAAACGGACAACGCGGGGAUGUGGGUGGGAGGGAGCGGAGGGGUGGUUAUGACUUUUUGCUGCAAAAACAAAAAACAAAAAAAAUUCCCCAAUUAAAAAAAAAAAAAUAUCCCCAUGGUGAAACGUAAUUAAUAUUUUUUAAAUCCGAUGGCCACUGUUCGGUGGUGCCGGCUCUUAAUUGGCAGAUCUUCCAAACUAGCAGUAUGCAGGAAAAAGGACUCGAUAUCAAGGAUUGAUCAAAAAUGGCCAUUUUCAUUGGGGGCAAGUUUCAAGCACUGAGCUUAUAAUAUUCCAAGAUUAUAGAGCUACUAAAAACAAGUGACAAAUGUUUCCUUAAUGUCUUCUAUACCAGAAUGUAAAUAUUUUUGUGUUUUGUGUUUAAUUUGUUAGAAUUCUAACACACUAUAUACUUCCAAGAAGUAUGUCAUUGUCAAUAUUUUGUCAAUAAAGAUUUAUCAAUAUGC